UCUCCAUAAAGGGCUCAGGGCUUCACCCCUUGUUAAGAGUCUCUGCAGAAGAAGUGCACAAACUCCAUUCAGUUGGAAAUUCUCAUCUCUUAGCUUGGUAAUGAUCAGGAUCAGUAUCCUGUUGUUUCUCAUGGUGGCCACCAGGGGGCGGAGCGCAGUUUUGCCCAGCACUAAUCUCGAGCAAGAGACCUGCUCUUUGUCUCCAUCUCUGCCCCGAAGCUGCAAUGAAGUGAAGCAGAGGUGCCCUAAUGCCCGUGAUGGCCUGUAUUUCCUUCGUGCUAAGAAUGGCGUCAUCUACCAGACCUUCUGUGACAUGACCACUGCGGGUGGCGGCUGGACCCUGGUGGCCAGUGUGCACGAGAACAACCUGUAUGGGAAGUGCACGGUGGGUGACCGCUGGUCCAGUCAGCAGGGCAAUAAUAUCAACUACCCUGAGGGUGACGGCAACUGGGCCAACUACAACACUUUUGGGACUGCAGAGGCGGCCACAAGUGAUGACUACAAGAAUCCUGGCUACUACGACAUCCAAGCUCUGGACCUGGGCAUCUGGCAUGUACCCAACAAUAGCCCCAUGGAGACCUGGAGGUAUAGCUCCCUGCUGAGAUACCGCACGGCAGUUGGCUUCUUCCAGCACCUGGGACAUAAUCUGUUUGGACUUUACCAGAAAUACCCAGUGAAAUAUGGAGCAGGAAGGUGUUGGACGGACAAUGGUCCCGCGAUACCCGUGGUUUAUGAUUCUGGCGAUGCCCAAAAGACAGCAUCUUAUUACUCCCCCAAUGGCCGCAGUGAAUUCACUGCAGGAUUUGUCCAGUUCAGGGUAUUUAAUAAUGAAAGAGCAGCUCAUGCCUUGUGUGCUGGAAUAAAAGUCACCGGAUGUAACACUGAGCAUCACUGCAUUGGUGGAGGAGGAUUCUUCCCAGAAGGCAAUCCAUUGCAGUGUGGCGAUUUUUCUUCCUUUGACUGGAAUGGAUAUGGAGCUCAUGCUCAUUGGAGUAGCAGUCGGGAGAUAACUGAAGCAGCUGUGCUUCUAUUCUAUCGCUGACACAUUUGCACUAUGGAUUUAGGCUUCUUCUUCCAACUAUGGGAUCCCAGUGAUGGAGAACACCUUACCUAGGAACUAGAUAGCUAAUGGCACAGGGAAAAUGAAUAAAGCAUACUCAUUCAGA